GGCGGCUGUAUCGGGCACCGAGAUGGAUGCGGACCAUGUGCGACCUACCGUUGAAGUUGUGCUGCCUGUAAGCAGCAUCAACGCGUUCGUGGACAAGGCCCACGAAACAUCCCGGCUGUUGCUCGAGGGCGAACGAGUUCUUGAAGCGGGACAUGUCUUCUGCAGUAUCAAGAAGGUGGAUAAGGACUGCUACACAUUCAUUGGAUUCGUUUUCCAGACGUCGGCACUGACUUCGGACCCGCACGAGCUGGAGAUAGCACUGAAUGGAAGAGACGUCGGUGACACAUCGUGCUCCUGCAAAGCAGGGAACUACAAGUGUAAGCACGUUGUGGCAAUGUUGCUACAUAUCAACGCCAAGAGGAACUUCAACGUACUGGCGUCCACAGACUCGCCACAAAAGUGGGGGAAGGGGCAGAAGAGAGCGGUCGGGGAGAAGUAUGCUCCGAGGAAGAUCGUCAACCUUCCAGGUCUUGAAAAAGUUGAAGGGGAUCCGGUGCUGCUUCCUAAAGGCGAUAUCCUGGGACGACUACUGGAGGGACUGACUUAUAGGUCAGCUGCCCUGCGGCACACAGAAGAAAUCCGUCCUCUUGAGAUAUCAACCGCCCCCACCGCAGCUGAGGAGCCCCCUGUCCCCGGACUGCCCACACUUACGCGGCUGAUUGCCACAACUGCUGCUCCCAGCUUCGAUGCUUUUGUGGAGGAGAUAAGGGCCACCUUCUCUGCAGACGUCUGUGCGGUAAUCGAGGAGAGGACGAGGGAACAGUCGCUAUCUGAGGACUGGUUGCGCCAGAGGAUAGGCAUGGCAACCAGUACAGUCUGCCAUUCCUUCAAAACAAGGGCAGCGAAGUGCGAGAUAGAGCAAAUGCCGCACAACAUGGGGCUUUUGCUGAAGGCGGUCCUCCGCACGAGCACAUACCAGUCUGCAGCAGUGCAGCGCGGGCUGAGCAUGGAAGGCACUGCGCGGGACAAGUAUGUCUCGGUUGUGAAGUCGAGGGGCCACGCAUGCACUGUGGAAGACAGGGGCCUAUUGAUUUGGAACGAGUUUCCUGUGAUGGGCUGUAGCGUGGAUGGGCUCGUUACUUUCACCUGCGCCUGCUGCAAGGGUGAGAAGCGUAUUUUAGAAAUCAAGUGCCUCAACACGGUGAAGAAAGCUUUCUCAAAGGACAAGCCGACGCCCCUAUUCUACACACAGGUUCAGGUCCAGAUGGGGAUAACGAAUAUUCCAGUGUGUGACUUUUUCGUCUACAAGAGUCCAGAGGACUGGAGGGCACUUACCGUGCCAUUUGAUGCUGCACAUUUCCUUAAAUGUUCGGCUGCAGUGCACACCCUCUACGACAAGUACAUUUUUGACACGCUGAAGAACCUGGCAUGUUCAUACUCGUGGUAG